GCAUGAGCAGAAUUUCGCUUCGAAAAUUCCUAUUACUAUCUACAUUGUGGACUGGAAUAUUCUGUAACUAUGUAUGUUAUUCCAUUAUUGCCCCAUUCUUUCCCCAACUGGCUCGAAAGAAAGGGCUCAAUGCAGUCGAAUAUUCUAUGGUAUUUGGGGCGUAUAGUAUUGCCCAAGUAAUCUUCAGCAUGAUCGCCGGCAAAUUUCUUACUAAAAUCGGACCCAAGUUUAUCAUUGUUGCAGGAUUGUUUUUGACAGGUGGCGCUACAGUAUUAUUUGGUUGUCUUGAACAUUCACCACAAGGAAGAGUUUUCCUGGCUCUCAGUAUUGUAAUUCGAAUGGUAGAGGGCGCUGGUUUCGCUGCGUACUUAACCAGCGUCCUCGCUAUUGUUGUUAAAUCUUUUCCCACCAAUCCUGGAUAUUAUGUCGGUCUUACAGAAACAGUCGUAACAAUAGGUAUGAUCACAGGACCUGUUAUUGGAAGUUUCCUUUAUGUGAUAGGAGGAUAUCAUACACCCUUUACAGUUUUUGGAACAUUAAUUAUUCUCACAUCAAGUGUUGCUGUGUGGACUGUUAGCACAGACCACGAUAGUCAGUCUGGAGAGAAUUCCGCUUCUCUGACAGUUCGAGAAUAUAUGCGCAUCCUGAAGUUACCAGCAACCAUUCUCGCCAUGAUGUGUGUAACCUUGAACGUCGUGGCUGAUGCUUUUAUUUUAAUUACUCUUAGCGACCAUUUGAAGCAGUUUUCUCUGCAUCCCUUGGAAAUUGGUUGUAUCUAUCUCUGUUUAUUCUUGUCCUACUCCUUCAGUUCCCCAGUUGCUGGAAAAUUAGCAGAUAAAUGGAAACUGGAAUACAUUCUUCAAUGCAUUGGAUCUCUUAUACUAGUUGUGGCCUUUACGUUGAUUGGUCCGAUUGCAUUUCUUCCAAUCUCUCCUUGUGUGUGGUUGGUAACCGCUGGUUUGUUGCUGAAGGGACUAGGGGCAGGUCCUCUCAUUUCCUGUUCUUAUUCAGCGUGUCUGCGAUUUGCCAGACAGAAAGGAAGAUUUUCAGAAGACUUCAGAACAUAUAGUCUCGUCUCUUCUGUUAUUUCUUUUUGCAUUCCUCUUGGAUUAGGUUGGACCUGUAAUGCUGAAUUUGAUAUCUACUACUUUCAUAUUCCUCACAGCAUAAAAUUCAAGUCCAUCUUGUUUCACCGAAACGAAGAUUGA